GAGUUCCAUGGAAAAACUUAUACCACAAAGGAAACUUGUACCGCAAUAUGGAAGCAAAAAAAAAAACGAACUGAAGUAGUUCGGAAGCAGAGAUCCCCAAUGAUGGAGCAUUCUCAAAAUUCUUUUGCUUUGUGUUAUUUUUUCAGAGAACCGUCAAUUUUGUCCUUCAAUCCAAAACUUGUCAGUGGAAAGUUGAAUAAUGAAAGGAAAGAAAAACCUACGAAUACAUCACUUUUGUCCUCCAGUCCAAAACUUGUCGGUAGAAAGUGUUCUGGCGGUGAAAACGGUGUACGCUCAUGCAAUCGUUGCCGCGAUAAAGGAAAGGAUUGCUCUUACGUAGAAGAAAUUGGAUCUUUAGGAGGUCACUGUGAAAAUCACCCAGGGUUUGAAAAUGCAAAUGAUGAUAUCUCAUAUUCACAAAACAUUCCUAACGAAUUUUGUAAUGUUCUAUAUCCGCAAGACAGUUUUAUUGAUUCUGAUGGAUCGACUGGAUAUUAUGAUCUUGGAAAUCUGGCCAACAGUCCCCAUAGCACUUCACAAAUAAAUAUGCCUCAAGAACCUUUGAAUAACGCGGGGCUAGUCAAAGAAUGUUUAAAGCAUGGUUCCAAAAUUGUUCAUCAUUUAGCUGAUUUAGUUCAAUUAGAACACCGAUAUCCACAAUCUUUAACAUCACCAACAUUAAAUGAAUAUCUUAAGAAUCUUUUGAUGACCUUACAGUCAGAAUCCUCUCAAAUGGAAAAAAUAUCUGCCGAGCAAACUAACAACCUAGAAUCAUACCCAUUGGACCAAUUAUAUGGUAAAUAA